AUGCAUUUACAGGUCACCAACUCCCAGAACUACACGCUCUCUGAUUGGGAGUUGGACAUGAAAUUGGCCAAAGAUGCUCAUAUUGAUGCCUUUGCCAUGAACAUGGCGUGGGAGGACAGCACCAACGACCAUUCCCUUGAGAUGGCCUUCAAUGUCGCGAAUUCCGUCGGCUUUAAGCUCUUCUUUUCAUUUGACUACGCUGGGAAUGGGCCAUGGAGCCAGGAUACUGUCAUCCGCAUGAUACAGCAGUAUGGCUCCAACGGUGCUUAUUUCCAGUAUAAUGGAAAGCCUUUUGUCUCUACCUUUGAAGGUCCUAGCAACGCAGAGGACUGGGUGACUAUCAAGGCACAGACAGGCUGCUUCUUCAUCCCAGACUGGUCAUCUGUUGGUGCUAAGCCAGCCGUAGCUUUAGCUAACGGGGUGGCUGAUGGACUAUUCAGCUGGUCUGCUUGGCCAUGGGGCAACCAGACAAUGGAUACCUACACUGAUGCGUCCUAUAUUCAAUUUUUGGGGGGAAAACCCUAUAUGAUGGCCAUUUCUCCUUGGUUCUAUACCAAUCUUCCUGGCUAUAACAAGAACUGGCUUUGGAAGGGUGACAGCUUAUGGUUUGAUCGAUGGCAAGAACUCUUUGGUCUUGAUCCCAUGCCUGAAUUUGUCGAGAUCAUUUCCUGGAACGACUACGGUGAAUCACAUUAUAUCGGACCGAUCUAUGAGAAAUCCAUGGCUGCGUUUGACAUUGGCAAAUCACUCUAUAACUACGCGCGGGAUUAUCCUCAUGAUGGUUGGCGUGAGGUUCUACCUUUCCUGAUUGAUCUUUACAAGAAUGGCAAGGCCAGUGUUGACCAUGAUACUGUGGUCUUUUGGUAUCGGCCCCACCCAGUAUCUUCUUGUUUUACUGGGGGUACAACAGUGAACACAGCCUCCCAGCUGCAGAUUGAGUUUGAGCCAGCAUUUGCUCUUGAAGAUCGUUUAUAUGUCAUGGCACUGUUAUCUGAUGGCAAUCACGCUGUGAGGGUCUACGCGGGGGGCGACCAGGGAUAUGUUAAAUGGAACUCACGGCCAGAUGAGGAGAUUGUAACGGGGAUCUUCUUUGGCAGCGUGCCAUUUCACCCGGGUAAGGUCAGUAUCGAUCUUGAUAGAGGUGAUGGAGAGGCUGGUUACGCUGUUGGCCUUGAGAUAUCUGAUCAAUGUGAACAAGGAUUUAACAACUAUAAUGCUUGGGUAGGGAGUUUCACCGCAUCAGCCAUCCCUAUUACGAAAGGGACUACUAAGGUUGCGCUCAAAGAUCAAGCAUGUAUCAGAGGCAAAGGAGCAUAUGAUUUCAAUGAUUUGUGCAGCUUUACAUGCUCUUACGGCUACUGCCCAGUUGGAGCCUGUACCUGUGAGCAAAUGGGAGUCCCACGCACGAAACCUAAUGCAACAGGGGUCAUUGGAUACCCUGCAGAAGGGAAGGAUGCAAACUACCUGGGUUUAUGCAGCUUUGCCUGCAAUUAUGGCCACUGUCCAUCUAAGACGUGUGACACCCAGGAACAUCCCAUGCCGAUCCCAACAGUGUCAGACUUCCUGCCCCCGGCAUGUACCGAAGGCACCGGUAAUGGCAACGCCCUUGGUUUGUGCUCCUACGCCUGUGGUUUUGGCUAUUGCCCUAUCAAUAUGUGCAAGUGCACCAAAACAGGGGCCCUCGUUGAGCCCCCUCCCCAGACCAAGGGAGCUGGCAUGGCAGCCCCCGGCCAGUCAAGUGUGCUGGAUAAUCUCUGCGACUUCACCUGCAGCCGAGGGUACUGCCCACCGGAGACAUGCACGUACAAGGAUGAACUGGCAGUGGCGCAUAUCAAUCCGACCUUAAGGUGGGGUGGCGAGGGCGCAUCUGCCUGCGACGCGACUAAAAGGUCGAUAAUUCUGCUGGAAUUCAGAUUUGCAAUUCUGAUGGCGCAAACAGCACAAGAAAACUUGCAGUCAUGGGGGUACUACGAGACAUUUUUCUCGCAAGGCGUGCGAAAUCGGAAGGAUUUUGCCCAACACGCCUCUCUGGUGUACAAGAGAGUUGUGUCGAUGUUGGAUGGCUCUGAAUUCGACCUCCAGAUCACUUGUGACAAUACUACACCUCAAUGUCAAAAGGAAAAUCCUGACAUCGCCUACAUGAACGCGUUCAGAAGAACAGUGAAUAUCUGUGAUGCUUUUCUUUUCGAAUACGAAAAUCUCCGCCACACCUGA